UCGCAUUUGUAUAAAAGUGAUUGGUAUACUCGGAGAAGUAGGGUGUUAUUUAGUUGCAGUAGUUCCGUUCCGUUUCAGCUCAGCUCAACUUUUGCUUGCAGGGCAAUAACAUCCCAAAAUGUAUUUUAAAUUUUUAAAUUGCUUUUUGCCAACCCACUGUGCACUGUCCCUGGCUUCGUCAUCACUACUACAAUCCGCCUUUCUUCAACAUUGCCGUCAUCAUCGUACUAGUCGUCAUCCGUGUAGUCAUCGUAGUCGUUGUUGUUGUCGUCGUCGUCGUCUUUCUCGUCCUCCUCGUUUGUGUGUAAAGUGAAAUGACAAAAAAAGUAUUUUGUAGCAUCGACGAAACAAUAACCAAAAAGCAAAACGGAAAAAAUGAUUUACACAAGAAAAGUGUUGUAAGACGAGCAGCCGCGUGAGAGCGCUAAACUCAGGACGAGAAACUGGGAAAGAGAGUGUGAGAGUGUAAGAGAGAAUGAGAGUAGCAAACUAAAAAAUCGAUGGAUACUCCAACCGUUGGUCACACAAAAUUUUCUUGUUCCCUUCGCACAACAACCCAAUUUACUAAAAUAAAAUAAAAAUUUUAAAAAUUUUCUUUACAGUUAAUAGAAAUAUUAAUAGAAAUACUUUGCUGCAUAGCAAAGAGCAUAGAAAUCAAAAUGUAAUGGCUUUAAUCGAGAAGAAAAAGAUAUAUAACUGUGAAAUAUUAUUUAAAAAAAUCCCAAAUAAUAGUUUAAGUGAUACCUACCAAACUACCAACACAAGAGAUAAAAAAACAAGUAAAAAAGCAAAAAAAUCGGGUUUCUUAGCAAAAAAUUAAUAAUACAUACAUACAAAUGGAAUACAAGUUAAACAAAUAACCAAGAAGCAAUGCGUUUAUUGACCACCGAAAUAUAACAACGAGGCUCAUUUUUCCCCCAAAAAAAAGUUCAUUUUUACCAAACGAAAGGAAAAAAAACAUACAUCAGAAAGCAAAUUUAACCAAACAAAGAAAAUUAACAAUAACGUUUCUCUCACUGUCGUUCCAUCCCCCGCCCCCACAACAUUGCCAUAAAAUCAUCAGCAUUCUGUAAUGUCUCAUUAAAAAAAAAAGAAAAACCUAAAUUAUUUUUUAAAAUCCUGUGAAAUUUCUGUGUGUACUUAGAGCGAAUGAAACUCCAGAGCCAAGUUUAUCCCUAAAACAAAAAGAACCACCACAUUACCACGAAUACCACCACUAAAGCCCUCGGCAUAAAAUCAUCACCAAGGCCGCAAUUACAGUUCAUGGAUUAGGAGCAAGCCAAGGAGGAGACGGAGGUGAAAAACAUAAAACAGUAACAGCAACAAAACACAUGUAAUGAAGAAGCCACCACAAUUCGGAUAUACUUCAUCUUCAUCUCAGAUACUCGCAUUGCUAUUGCAAUGCAACGUAAUGUCAACAACGAAUCAGGACAUAACUCACAACAUCUAAAUAUUGCGACUUUACAAUCGAUCAGAUAUCAGAAAUCGUUAAUAAAAAUGAGACACAUUCCCUCACAUUAGCAUCGAUGUGUGUUUGUGGCCAUUGCAUCAUCUGUGACAACGGCUGCUGUGCUCCUACUCAUGUCGCACAUCAUAUGUCCGACACAUACUUCUAAAUGUACUCCGAUCAUCUUCAAUGGAUUAGCAAACUUGCAGUCGCCACCACCACCUCCACUUCCACAACAGCAGCAGCAGCAACAACAACAACAACAACCACACAUAUUGCAUUCACAUACACAUAAGUAUCAUUAAUGCAGCAAUCAAGAUUGUGUACAACCGAAACGUGCCACAAAUACGCCGUGUCGUCGUCAUCACGUUACCAAUACCACUAAAUGCAGUGGAAGAAGAAGUUUACUCGAUUGAAAGCAGCUACAGGACAUUCGCGUGCGCGAAGAAUGCUUUGUUGUGGACGAAGAAAGGAAAAUGGAAGAUCAGUUCCUGAUGUUACGGCAAGCCCGGGCCGUGCGCCGCCCGGACCAUUGCCAUCAAAUCAAAUGCAAACGAUGGUUAAUCAACAGCAACAGCAGCAGCAACAUCAUCAUCAACAGCAACAAUCGCAGCAUCAGCAACAUCAUCAACAAAGGCAGGGCGGUUCCAAGGAGCCGGUGCUGCUGCAAGGGGAUUUCCGCAAAGUAUCAGGCAUCAGUUCAGAAAUAUUUCGACAGAUAGAAGCAGUAGAAAAUGAUCAUGAUCCAAAUACAGCGGCCGCCUUGGAGGCGGUGGAGAGACGGGGUGAGAUGAUAGUACGCAUCUUGGAACCGCACAGUAUUGGUGGUAAACAGGCAGUAGAUGCAGCCCACAAGCUAUUGGCGAAAAAGGAUAAUCGACAUAUUGUGCAGCUGGUGGAAAUCGUUAAAAGACCUGGUCAGACCUUGGGUCUAUAUAUACGAGAGGGUAAUGGGGCCGAUCGUACUGAUGGUGUGUUUAUUUCCCGUAUAGCCAUUGAGUCGGCAGUGUCGAAUAGCGGCUGCCUAAAGGUGGGCGAUGAAAUCUUAGCAGUGAAUUUAGUCGAUGUCACGCACAUGUCCCUGGAUGAUGUUGUGAUAAUAAUGUCAAUUCCUCGGCGGCUUGUGCUGGCCAUACGACAGCGUUGCGGCAAUCGUGGCACAGGCUCUCCGGGACCGCCUUCCAUGUCACGACCCGAGCAGAAACCUCCACCAGUUGUUGUCAUGAAACGAGAUUUGCGAGACGAGGAGCUAGAUGAGACUGAUCACAUGUCAAGGUCCCGUUCAUCACGCGAAAGACGUACAGGUGAUGGCCGAGAGAUGUCCGAGUCGCGUUCCCGACUGGGAUUGGGCUUGAAUAACUACAGUCCGCAAUCGGAACAACUGGAUAUGUACUAUAAUACACGUCCGGGUAUAGAUCCUCCCAAUUGGGGUUACAAGCCACCACCUCCGCCCUCGUCAGUUAUCACGGAACAGCCCAAGGGUCACACUUUUGCACCUUCACAUGCCUACUAUAAGAAUGCUGGCACUCUGGAGAGUCUUGCGGAGAAAGUUCAUUCCUUUUAUCCUGGUGCUCCUCCAUCCCGUCGUUUAUCAGUGGGUAAUGUACCUCAAAGAGCACGUUUCCCACGUUCUGGUUCCGACCAGCAUUUGCCUCGCGUAGAAUAUGCCGAUUACUCGAAUUCAUUGGGUCGCCAUUCACUGCUACGGCCGAGCCUUAAGCCUAGCGGAGGUUCGGUUAUUAUGGGUCCCGGUGGCACACUGGGUCGUUAUGGGCGCUACGAUCCUCACUCACAAGGCAAAUACGGCCCAAGUGGUACUCAGUCUCUGACUAGACGUUCACGACCCAAUUUAGACUAUUCCAGUGAUACCGAGGCCACAGUGGGACCACGGCCCAAUUACUAUUACUACAACAGGCCUGCCAUUGGCAGUAUGCCUCGUGGUGCUGGUGGCGCCGGCACAUCUGUGCUGGGUGGAGGUCCUGAUAUGGCUAAGUUUAACUCACUGCCACGAGACCGUCCCGGGGUGCGUCUACCGGGCAUACGCUCGAGAAUAAGCGAUAGAAUAAUGGAUGAAAACGAUGGAAAUAUCUCUGCCCCCGAAUUUAAUGCUAGGCGAGAUCGUGACUUGAGGUCGCGCAUCACUGCCAGCCCAUCAAUAUUUACCUCGGACGAAUAUCGUGCCUGGUUACGAAGAGCUCCCAGUAGUUCAGCCAUAGCAGAACAGAUGCGAAUGACUCGUGAUCUGCUAAACCAGCCACGAUCUCAUCGUUUCUCUUGCAGUGCGGAGAACAUUCACGAUGCUCUACGAAAUACCGAAAGCAUUUAUUCUAGUCGAACGGGUAUACUGGGUGCUGGUACUUUAGACCGUCAUCUGGGUAUGCCUCGCCCCAUUUCAUCGCUGCCAGUAAGGUCGAUGUCAUCGCAACACAUAGGCGGUCCCAAUUCCAUACGUUCCCCCAGCAUUCGUCGCAUGCGCCAAUUACUGGAGCUGUCCGCUGGUCCCGCCAGUCCCAGUGGUAGUAUUAUGAGCACCGGAGGUCACCAGAGCCCAGCUCCCACCCCUAGUGCUACAUUGCCACGACCUCAUCGGCAGAUCGACAUUAAUCCUGCAGAAUUCAGCAAAUACAAACUAGAUAAGCCCAUAGUGGAUAUAGGCGGCGUAUCGGGCAUGUUGUGGAUUCACCUGUUAGCGGGCCGUGGCCUACGUUCGGCUCCCGAACUGGGACCACAGCACGGUGCAGGGGGACAACAUCUGCCAGCGCCCACACGAGAUCUGUACUGUGUGAUAGAGUGCGAUCGCGUGCACAAGGCCCGCACAGUGGUAAGGUCUGGAGAUUUACAAUUCGAUUGGGAUGAAUCGUUCGAACUGGAUUUGGUGGGCAACAAGCAGCUGGAUGUUUUGGUGUACUCCUGGGAUCCCCAGCACCGCCAUAAGUUAUGCUAUCGCGGAGCCAUUUCCCUAUCCACCGUGUUGCGUCAGUCGCCGUUGCAUCAACUGGCUCUUAAAGUAGAGCCACGUGGUACCAUUUACAUACGCAUGCGCCACACAGAUCCCAUUGCUUUGUACAAGCGGCGAGGAUUGCCCAGCCUUAGAGCUGGUUAUCCCACACUGUUCGGAGCCGAUUUGGAGUCGGUGGUGAAUCGAGAAUCGAAGGGAGCUCCCGGUUCGGCGCCAGUUCCCAUUGUCUUGCGGCGAUGUGUGGAAGAGGUUGAGCGACGCGGUCUUGAUAUAAUCGGAUUGUAUCGACUCUGUGGAUCGGCAACGAAGAAACGUUUGCUAAGAGAGGCAUUCGAGCGCAAUAGUCGUGCCGUGGAAUUGACCCCAGAACAUGUUCCUGACAUCAAUGUCAUCACUGGUGUGCUUAAAGACUAUCUUAGAGAAUUGCCGGAGCCAUUGUUUACAAGAUGUCUCUUCCAGAUGACAGUAGAUGCAUUGGCUGUGUGCCUACCCGAUGAUCCCGAAGGUAAUGCCAAACUGAUGCUUAGCAUUUUGGACUGCCUACCCAGAGCAAAUAGGGCCACUUUGGUAUUUCUACUUGAUCACUUGUCCCUGGUGGUCUCCAAUUCCGAACGCAAUAAGAUGUCUGCUCAAGCCUUGGCCACUGUCAUGGGUCCUCCCCUGAUGCUGCACUCGGCUAGCGCUCAACCAGGUUCCGAUAUCGAUCAUGCCCAGCCCAUUGCCGUACUGAAAUAUCUCUUGCAAAUCUGGCCCCAACCCCAGUCGCAACAUCACCAAAGUGCAGCGGCCGUGGGUGCCGCUGGAAAUCUUAUGGGCAGCAUGACUGUCGGAGGCAGUACCGUGGGCAUGGGCCUGGGUAUGGGUUUGGGUAUGAGUGCUGGCAGUAUGAGCAAUAUGGCGGGAGUUGUUUCAGGUCGGCGCGGCGAGUCAACAGGGCAGCGUGGAAGCAAAGUCAAUGCGUUGCAAGUGGACAGGCAGGCGUUUCUCAUGCAACAACAGCAGCAGCUCAUGGCGGCGGGCAAUCUACUACGCUCGUCCACUUCGGUAACCAACAUACUUUCUCAAGGCCCACAUCCGCUCUCAGCCACAGUCAACAGUCAUCUGUAUCAAUCAGUAGUGGGUCAGUUAGCUCAAUCGCAUCGAGCCUUGCAACAAGCGGUGCAACAGCCCCAUCCAUUGGUGGACUCAGUGGUCUCGGCAAUUCCCGACCCAUCGCCACUGCCCAUUCCAGGCACACCCUCCCCCGGCAGUAGUUCAGCAUCCACGGCAUCGGGAUCCGGAUCGGGCAAAAGUACGGAUACAAUAAAACGGGGCAUUUCACCGGCAUCGGUAAAACAUGUUAAUAUCCAAGAGUCCGUCAGUUCGUAUUCACUCAGUCAGAAAAAGUCCGAUAGGGAGAAUGCCCUUGAUGCGCAUUCGAACAGUCACAAUCAUCACAACCAUCACCAAAGCCACAAUCAUCACAGUAGCAUUAACAUCAGCAACAACAAUAACAAUAACAACACCAAUCAACACCACCAACAACAGCAAAGUUAUGCAACAACAGCAUUAUCAGCAUCGGCAUCAUCUGGCACAUCCGGCACAGCUGCGCAUGCGGCAAGCACAACCCGUAAAGGUGUUGAUUUUUACGAACCGCACAAAUCUCAGACCAAGAGCGACGAUGACAAUAAUGGUGUGGUGAGCAGCAGCAGCGGUGGCGGCGGCGUCGUCGGAAGUAGCAGCAAAUAUGGGGAUUCGGCAUAUAAAUUACGGAGUGCUUAUGCAUCAUCCGGUGGCUCCUCGACCAUGGACCACAAAGCCCACUCAUCGGCCCUAUCCACCGAGGAGUAUAAGGCCAUGCGCAAUAAAUCCAGUGCAACAUCUUCUUCAUCAUCAUCGCAGGCCACAGUAUUGAGUGCUGGCUCGGCGGGCACCUCGGCCACCACCACUUCUUCGGAUGACUCCGAUGAUUUGGUUUCAUACAAGUCAUCUGCUUCCACAAAUGCCUUGUUGGCCCAGUCUCAGGCUAUGACUACCACCCAGCUGAUGUCCAAGUAUUUGAAGCGCGAGCCUCGAGUGCAAUUCACUCCCAUUAAAUCGCCCGACUCACCCUCUCCCCCCGGUGGCAGUAGUCUUCCCAGAGGUACGUAUCACCUGACCAACAGCAGCAGAAACAUCCAUGGUGAUCUAGGCGGAAGCAGCAGCAACAUCACGACAUCGGGAGGAGUGGGCGGCAAAUAUACUUUGGACAAGUCUGUCGAGAAGGCGGCAUCACCAUCCAAGCCCUCGCUGUCCAGUCUCAAGGAACCAGCAACGUCAUCAGCGUUAGCAAUAUCGCCAGGAUCCUCAUCGACUGUUUCGUCCGGCCGUCGUCUCUUCGACAGCCUGGCCUCCGAAACCUCUGAGACGUCGACGACGGGUCGUUCGAGGACAGCUACAUCCACCACAUCAUACAAUAAUGACAUUAGACACUCGGUAGCAAGUAGUAGUACUCAUAUUAGUAAUAAGUCAACAACAAGCUCAGAACAUCGUUCGUUUGGUAGCAGUUUAUUUAGCAGCACUGAACGCACCAGUGCCCCCUAUUCGAGCAACGGCUCAAAUGGUUCGGCCCACUAUGGCACACUGCCAAAGCAAAGCAUCUCUGGGGCGACCCUCUUCAAUACAGCGUCGUCCUCGGCAGCCGCUUCGGGGGCGACGGCAUCGUCCACUGCUUCUGGCACUGCUAGCAGCAGUGGCGUCAGUUCGAUGUCUGGGUCGACCAGCAGUUAUGAUUUCUAUACCAAUAAUUCCUCCACGGGUUAUUCAGGUUCUAGUGUGUAUGCCACUACUUCCAGGCCCUAUGCGAAUGGCACCUCCAGUGGCAGCACAGCAACUACAGCCACUUCCGGUGCUGGCAACUAUCAUACGCUAGGGACAUAUCGUGUCCAAUAUGCCGCCACAAAUCCAUUUUUAGACGCAUUUGAUGCACCCAGCGAAAGCAUCACCAGAAGUGGCAGUAGUUCGACCAGCAGUAGUGAACAUCGCUCAUCUGCCAUGGCUGCAUUCCACUCUUCCAGUGGAGGUGAAUCCAAAAAUGGCAGUGAUGAAUAUGAUGAUCUUAAAUAAAGACAACUAAGACAACAACAACGACGGCAUUUACAAUCGGUUCCUUGUCAUAACACAUACACAAACAGCACGACGACACAAUUUAAUCCAUCAAUCAAUCAGUCUAGUAAUCAAUGUGUUUAAUAGUCAUUCAUUGAUCAUAUUAAAAUUCGUUUCAUUCAUCAACUCUUACAUUGUACCACACUAUCAUCAAUAGCAAACGUUGUUUUGAGAAGUUUAUAUUAGAAACAAACGGAAGAUGGCAAUAUGAAGGGGACACAUUAUUCAAGCUACAUAUUCAGUAUACACAGAAGUAAGUCUUUAGCAUAAAGGAAGCUGGCAUUACUAUUUGGUUAACAGUUACUUGAUUGAAUAUCACGAAAAUUUAAAAAAAUUUGUGGUAUGUUCUGUAAUGAAGACUGAUCUUUACGAUUUUCGCCUAAACAUUCUGCAAGUAUCAUUAAUAAAUGCAGGACCACAAAAGCGGACUAUGUAAUGUAGACUUUCCGUCGAAUUUAUUUAUGCGCAUAGAGUUUUAAAUGAGUAACCGGUAAGUUCAUAGCCGACUCUGUACUAUUGUUUUAUCCAUACUCGUCUGUGUUGGAAAGACAUGCAAAUUCACUCAUCUUAGCCACUUAGUUCCAAUAAUAUUGUCUCUCGGCUCUGUAAAAUGGUCCCAAAAUAAAAUUGGCCCUAUAAAAGUGUAUUAUAGCUUCAAACACGCAAGUUUCAUUUCAUUUUAAGGGAAAGAAAAGCUCAAUAUGGAAUUCAAAUGAAAUUCAGGUUAGGUCAUGUUUAUUUGGCGGAGGAUUUUGCCAAGACCUUGGUCCUAUAGACAUUCACGUUUGCUAGAAUAAGACCCUCUGUGAAUCAGCAAUUUCACUAUUCUCGUUUCAUCAAAGUUUUUUAAUAAAAAGAAGGAUCUAAGGACCUUUCUUAAAAGAUAUUGUCAUACCUUGAAAUAUUUGUCAAAACAUUUUUAAAAUGAAACAAGCAAAAAGACAUAAAGUUCGGCCGGGGCGAGCUUUGCAUAACCACCAUCUCAGGUAUAUACAUAUAUUAACAAAGUCCAGUUUAAAUGUAGCAUUUAUGAACCCGUAACAACUACAAUAUAUCAAAAUAUGGUCCGAUAUAUGUCAAACCCAUCACGAAUAUCUCUAAAUUUUAAAUUGCCCUUGUGUGGGUUCAAGAAG